UGUCGUUGGUGUCGUUGUUGCUCCGUUGAAAAUUUGACAUUCACGACGCGCCGCGGUGUGUUGUUGGAAAAUAAUUAAAAUUUAACCCACCUAGCGUCGGGAGCUAGUGAUAAAAGGACGCUACUUGUGUUGUGCGAGUGCUAGUGCGACGAUUGCAGGUAUUUCCGGGGUGCCCACCUGCGGCGAUAGCCGUGAAAAAUGUGUGAUAAAGUUUUGGUGAAAGACGACGGCUGCUGCUGAUAAAUCGAUCUCAAUUCAUCGCCGCGGCUGCGGUUGACAAAAAAACACAAUUUUGUGUGUGUGGCGACCACGAGUUGGUCUCUCCGGAAAGUCAUUGAGAAGCGCCCCCCAUCCCCGGUCGCGAGGGUGGUGUGAAGUGCUCGGAGUUUUCCUCAUUUGUUUUCCUUUUUUUUCGGGAGUGCGCCCCCACAUUUGAAGUGCUCCGCGGAAAAUCUUCGUGCGACGGAUGAGAAAAGAGAGAAGGAGCUGGGAAUUUAUUGACCCCGCCGCAAACGCAGAUAACACUGCGCCAUUGAUGUGAAGAAAAGGGAGUGUUGUGUACAAGGAAAAUUAAAGAGAGAAAGAGUGAGAAAGAGAGACAAUAAAGCAGCAAAGAAAAGCCCAUCAAUUGAAUGAAUAGUGGGGAAAGAAACAUAAAUAUUGGAUAAUCUCAUAUUAAAUAAUAAUAAUAAAUUUUGUGAAUUUAAUAGUGAAUGUGAAGAAGCUUGGAAAAAAAAACGAUCGCAAAGACAUUUAAUAAUUGCGGUAGUUUUGUGGUUAAUUUUUUUUUUCAAAUUUACAACAGACAAAAGAAGUGAGAAAAAAAGAUUUUUUGGGUGGUGAGUCUCUUGUGUGCCAAAGAGGCAGAAGUGGGUAUUUUGUGUGUGUUUUUAGAUGGAGAAAAUGGAGGUCGACGACGUGGUCGAUUUGAGCAUUGCAUCGGGCCGUGACGCGUCGCUGACGAUAACUCAGUCCACGGCACGUGAUUUGCGCGCUUUGACACAGAAUUCGGGAUUGACUAUAACCCCAGCACCACCACCACCACCACCCCCACAGGCUGUCCCCGGGAUAAUUUCGGUGGGUGUCACAUCUGCCAUUCCUGCUGUUCCCGGGAACAAUAGUAGCGGAGCAACGUUCGCCACCUCUGCAUCAUCCUCCGUCGUGGCUCCGGAUAAUGCAGUCGUUGGGCACGAUGCAAAUCGAACGAGACGUGUUCUACGUCCCCGUACGGAACCCCGCUCAUAUGCCGAGAGUCCGGACAUUGUGCUGCUGCCGGCUAAAAUAAAUGGUCGCCAACAGAAUGGGAAUAUCGAUUCGGAGACAGAUGACGAUGAUGAUGAUGAGGAAAUGCCACCCAUUUAUCCGAUAAAGGAGCUCACGCCGGCCGAAUUGUGGGAGAGGGAGCGUGGAUUGAGGAAAUUGAGGGAGGAGUUGCGUAAUGAGGAAACAAAGUUGGUGCUUCUCAAGAAAUUGAAACAAUCCCAGCAGAUGAUGAAGGAGAAUUUAAUUGUAACACCGACAAAUCUACCAAAUACAAACAACCCACUUGCCGCAAUACCAGCGGCCCUCACAAAAGGCACGCUCAGUGUCACGACGACAACGGCAAUCCCUCUGCCGGCGCACAACAAAAAUCGCUCAGCUAUAUUAAGAGGACAACCAACCCCAGGAAGAACCACGUCGGUUCUACCACCACCGAGAACUGCAGCACUCCCAGGGGGUGCAACACUAACACCUGGACCACCCCAUCGUUCGUCCAUGGGACACACGAGGAGCAAUUCGAAUCUCACGAUAACGCCAUCCGUGACAAUUACACCCACUAGUGCUCCACCGGCAGGAUCAAAGCCACGCAAUGUGCCAACGGGCAGUAUCAGCAGUUCUGUGUCGAUUACACCUGCACCGUCUUUACCUUCUAAUUCAGGAGACCAGGUAGCAAAGGAUCGAUCGACACCACGUGAUGAUGGACAAACCCCAGCACAGAGGCAAGCAGCCGCUAAAUUGGCGCUGCGAAAGCAAUUGGAGAAAACUCUUCUCCAGAUUCCACCACCUAAACCACCACCACCCGAAAUGCACUUUAUACCCAAUCCGAGCAAUACGGAGUUUGUGUAUUUGCUGGGGCUGGAGCAUGUUGUGGAUUAUCUGACAAAGGACAAAAAGAGCCCGAUGACGUCGCAACCCUUCCGGUGUGCACAGUGCAAAAUCGAUUUCACACCUGUUUGGAAAUGGGAGAAACAGGGUAAAAGAGGAAAUGAUGCUACUUUUGUCAAAGACAUUUCAGCUGGUAAGGACCCUAAGGUGAUCUGUGAGCAAUGUGUGACGACAAAUGUGAAGAAGGCCCUCAAGGCUGAGCACACAAAUCGCCUCAAGACGGCCUUUGUGAAGGCACUACAGCAAGAGCAGGAGAUUGAGCAGCGUCUCUCGACGCAGAGUAGUCCGUCACCUGUUGAGACGCACGGACCCAGUGUUGUGAAUAAUCCAGUGGCACCGCCACCACCACCACCACCGGGUCCCACGAAAUCGCAGACUCCAACACCUUCAGCCACACCAACACCUCGUCCCACACCUACGCCCCCAAGUCAGCCAACACCGCCGCCGGCAAGUUCAAGUCGAUCUUCGAGGCAUGACUCACAAUCGUCGAAUGCAUCGCAGUUUGAUAAAUUCCCUGCCGCCCAGCUUGGUGCUUUCAACAAUCUUGCCAAUUUGAGUAAUUUAGGUAAUCUAGGUAAUCUAGGUAAUCUGGGUAAUCUCGGGAAUCUCGGGAAUCUCGGAAAUCUCGGCAAUUUGGGCAACUUGGGAAAUUUGGCCAAUACUCCAACAGGAGCAGCGGCAAUGCAGGCACUACAGCAGCAAUUCUUUAGAAGUUUGCAACAAGGACUCGCAGCGGGAAAUGUUCCAAAUCACAUGAUGCAGUUUACACCAUUCUUGUACUCCUAUCAAUUCUUGAUGGCUCAAGCAGCUCAAGCAGCAGCUGCUGGUAAAAAUACAAGCUUGGCAGAUAUCCAGAGAGCUGUUGAUUUGCGACAAUUCUUUAUGGAUAUGAAUUCCCCACAGCCACCGGGGCCGAGUAACAAUCGUCAGAACAAUUGGAAGACAUAAGUUCUUGAGGGAUUUUUUUCGUUCGUUCGUUUUGGAGUUGUGGGUGUAAGAAAAUUCAUCGUUUAGGAUUUAAUUUACCUAAUUUAAUAAUUUUUUUUGAAAUUUUCCUUUAUGGACUUUGUUGCGCCGUUUUCCUUCUUUAUUUCAAGUCAGACUUCUUCUCAAAGACUUGAAUUUGGUUUUUCUGAGAAAACAUUGGAGAACUUUCUGUUGCGUUCUCCCUUUUUAUCAGUAUAUUGAGCACUAAAAAGAAUUAAUAUUGUACUUUUUUUUUUGUUUCGGACAAGGCGAUUUUCUGCACAUUUUGAUGGAGUUUCUGAUAUAUAAACAUUUAAAAAAAGAAAUGUCAAUGAAUGAAUUUUAAUGAUGCGCGAAUGAGAUGGAAUGUUUGGAGAGCAAAAAAAUUGAAUCUCCAAAAAAAGGUUUUAAUUUGCGGGGAAAUUUAAUGAGAAAAAAGAUAUAAAAAUAAAAACUGGAAAAUGGGAACACAAAAAAAAUAUUUCGACACUAUAUUUUUGCACAGAAAAGUAAAUGAAAAAUAUCCUAAAGAAAUUUUCUUUGUCAUUUUCUUGCUAAUUUUAAAAAUUAAAAAAAAAAAACAAAUUUAUGGUAUUAAACUCGCCAAAUUGCGAAUUGAAGAAUUUUGAGAAUUUUUAAAUUAAAAAAAGAAAACUUUAGUCGGUAAAACGGUUUUUCUUCAUUUUCUUUUUUUUUAUAAAUAUAAUUUAAGAAUCUUUUUUUUUUCUUUACAAAUCUGUUGUUAAAAAAAAAGAGAAAAAAAACUUGUGAUAAUGACGAAACAAAUGCAGCAAAUUUUCAUUUCUUGUGGUUGUUCCAAAAAUUUUCAAACUAAAACUAAUUUAAAAGAAAAAAAAUGUGAAGACAUUUUUUUCCUAUAAAUAAAAGAAAUAGAAAAUAAAGGAAUAGAGAUGCUUAAAAAUAGUGAAAAAUUUGUAUAAAUAGAAUGAAAAACUCUGCAGAUGAAAUAGAAGAAAAAAAAUUCUAGAACAUAGUUCAGUCAAUUAAUAAGUAAAAGAAAAAAAUCUAGAAUAUUUUUUUUCCAAGAAAAAUGAGAAAAAAAAGGAAAAUAUCGGGUCUAUGUAAAUUUUUGGAACCAUUUCUCUCUCUUUUCAUUUUUAAUAUUUCAUUUAAAAAAAGAAUAUAAUGAAUUAUAAACUUUUUUCUUUAAUGAUUUUUUUUUAUUAUUAAAAACACAAAAAAAAAGAUGAAAAAAAAUACCGAAAACACCGAGAAAAAUUAAAUUUAACAUGGAAUUGAGUGUCUUUGUUAACAGAAUUAAUAUUAAAAAAAAAAUACGUGCGAGGAGACGAACACUUAAGAUAGAAAAAAAAUGACAUUUUUUGGCAAGAAAAAAAGAAAAGAAAUAUAAAUAGCUAAAAAAUCUGUAGAAGAAGGAAUCGCUGUGUAAAUAAAUUUGAUGGUAAAAUGAUUAGUUUUUAAGGAAAAAAAAAACAUCUUAAUCUUAAUAGUUGUGAAAAAAAUGAGAAAAAAAAUGAAAAUCUCCAUCGAAAAACUUCUUUUUUAUUAAGAAAAAUAUUGUAAAUAUUACAAUAAACAUUUAAAAAAAAAUCAUUUUUUUGUAUCUGACUGAAGAAUUACAUUAUAAAAGAAAUAAAGAAAAAAGAUUUUAAAGCAAUUUCACGAGAAAUAAAAAAAGAGAUAAAAUCUUGAGAAUGAAAGAAAGAAUAUAGAAGAUUCAACAGAAUAAAAAAAAUGAUAGAAAUUACAAUUUUCAACGUGACCGUGCGUUUGAAUAAGAAGAAAAAAAUGAAAAGCUAUUAUAAUUUAAUUUUUAGUAUGAAGUAAAAUAAAAAAAUAGGUAAAAAUAAUUAUAAAAGGUAAUUAUUAAAGAAAAAUGAAACUAAUAUUUUAGGUCUAUAGGUCAGUGAAUUUGCGGUAUGAAUGCGUGUGAUCUUUCUAUUUUUUUCCCUCUUUUCCCCAACAUUUCUGUAUGCAAGAGAAUUUUUGAAAAUGUAAUAAGAAAAAGAAGAUAAAUUUUGUGAGUAAUGCAGGAGGAAUCAACACGAUAAAUUCCUAUUAAAAAUACAUAAAUAUAAAGAAAAGAAUAAAAGAAAAUGUAAAUUAAUGAGUGAGCAACAUUUUUCACACAAACACAGACUUUCCUCCUUUGCCAGGAGGGCAAAAAGGAGAAAUAGCAAAAGAAAAAAAUAUAAUAAAGUGGAAAAAACGAUGAAAAGAGGAGUUAUAAAGUAAAAAAAAAAGAAAAGAAAAGUAAACCACUAAAUGAACACACGAUAAUUUAUAGGUGUAUGUUUCCGGUUUUCCUUCCACUUUUGUGUGCUAUUUUCAUUCUUCAUCAAUGAAAGAAGUAAUAAAUUUGUAGUUGAUUGAA